AUGGGAAAGGAAAAAACGCAUAUCAACUUAGUUGUUAUCGGCCAUGUCGAUAGUGGAAAAUCCACGACCACGGGUCACAUUAUUUACAAACUGGGAGGUAUUGACAGGAGAACCAUAGAAAAGUUCGAAAAGGAAUCUGCUGAAAUGGGUAAGGGAAGUUUUAAGUACGCAUGGGUGUUGGAUAAGCUUAAGGCUGAAAGAGAAAGAGGUAUCACCAUCGAUAUCGCCUUAUGGAAGUUCGAAACCCCUAGGUACUUCUUCACCGUCAUUGAUGCCCCCGGCCAUAAGGAUUUCAUCAAAAAUAUGAUUACUGGUACGUCGCAGGCUGACGUGGCGCUAUUGGUUGUUCCAGCUGAAGUAGGUGGUUUCGAGGGUGCAUUCUCUAAGGAAGGUCAAACCAAAGAGCAUGCUUUGUUAGCCUUUACCCUUGGUGUGAAACAGAUCGUUGUUGGUGUUAACAAAAUGGACACUGUUAAGUAUUCAGAGGAUAGAUAUGAGGAAAUUAAGAAGGAAGUCAGAGAUUACUUGAAAAAAGUAGGAUACCAAGCUGACAAGGUAGACUUUAUUCCCAUUUCUGGUUUCGAAGGAGAUAACCUUAUUGAGAAGUCCGACAAGACCCCAUGGUAUAAGGGAAGAACUUUAAUUGAAGCUCUCGAUACAAUGGAGCCACCCAAGAGACCAUACGACAAGCCUUUAAGAAUUCCUCUCCAGGGUGUGUACAAAAUUGGUGGUAUUGGUACUGUCCCCGUCGGAAGAGUCGAAACUGGUAUAUUGAAAGCCGCUGUUGUUUCUGAGUGUAAAUCAGUCGAAAUGCACAAAGAAGUUUUGGAAGAGGCCAGACCCGGUGACAAUAUCGGAUUUAACGUGAAAAACGUUUCUGUUAAGGAAAUUAAGAGAGGAUAUGUUGCGUCCGAUACGAAGAAUGAGCCAGCCAAGGGAUGUUCCAAAUUUACUGCUCAGGUCAUCAUUUUGAACCAUCCUGGAGAAAUCAAGAACGGAUACAGCCCUGUCCUUGAUUGCCACACUGCUCACAUUUCCUGCAAAUUUUUGAACAUCGAUUCCAAGAUUGACAAGCGUUCUGGAAAAGUUGUUGAAGAAAAUCCCAAAUCGAUUAAGUCUGGUGAUUCAGCUUUGGUAAGUCUCGAGCCAAAGAAGCCUAUGGUUGUUGAAACCUUUACUGAGUAUCCACCCUUAGGAAGAUUUGCCAUUCGAGAUAUGAGACAAACCAUCGCUGUCGGUAUCAUCAAAGCAGUUGAAAAGAAGGAGCCUGGUGCCGUGUCUGCCAAAGCCCCAGGAAAGAAAUAA